UUGUCGCCGCCUCGCGCGUCGCGCCCGUUUCUUUUAUGGCUGGGCUCCUGCUGCCGUCGGGAAGGCUCAGUUGCUCCGGGGGAAAAGUUUGAAGACUCUUAUGUCCAAAGGAAUCUUACAGGUACAUCCUCCAAUCUGUGAUUGCCCUGGGUGUCGAAUUUCGUCUCCAGUGAACCGGGGCCGCCUGGCAGAGAAGAGGACCAUCCCCCUGCCCCCCAGCAGGGUCCCCAAGAAAGAGCUGAGCUCCAUUUUCUCCCACAGCGAGGACAGCGAGGAGAGCGACAAGAGCAAUGGGCAGCAGCCCGAAGUGAAGCAGGAGGAGGAUCUGCACAUCAGUAUCAUGAAAAGAAGGAUUCACACCCACUGGGAUCUGAACAUCUCCUUCCGAGAGACCUCUUGCAGCCGCGACAGCGACCUCUCCACCAUCAUCUCCAACCUGCACCAGAGCCGCCAGCUCGUUAUGCCAGAGACCCAGAGCCGCUGUGAGUUCAAGAGGAACCCCCUGGACGUGGGGCUGGCAGCAGCAGAUGAAAUUUUAGGCAAGAGAAGAGUAUGUUCUCCCAACAGCAGCAGUGAGUGUCCUUUAGAGAGCAAGAAAGCCCGAAGUGAGUCCCCAAAGGAGACGUCGCAGACGCCGCUGCUGGAGGAGGUGGCGCAGAUGACCCCGGAGGAGCACUACAGGCGCAUGAUGUCGGCCCUCAACGAGCACGGCACCUUCGAGGAGCAGCAGCAGCAGCGCCUCUACCAGCUGGCCAACAGCAUGGCAGUGCCCAGCCACGGAGAUCUGCUCCGGGCGCGGCAGGAGGUGGCGGCGGCGGCGGCGGCGCGGACCCCGGGCGCGAUGGAAGCGCACAUCCCCUCGGCCAGCAACUCGUCCAGCCAGCGCAGGAAGCAGGGCCUCCCCCAGCACAGGGACAGCCACUUCCCCGACAGGGAGAUUUCCCACCCACCGCCUCUGCUGUCACCCCAGAACGCUCCCCACAUCGCCCUGGGGCCCCACUUGAGACCUCCCUUCCUCGGGGUGCCUUCGGCGCUGUGCCAGACGCCAGGUUACGGGUUCCUCCAGCCGGCACAGGCGGAGAUGUUUGCACGGCAGCAGGAGAUGCUACGGAAGCAAAACCUGGCCAGGCUGGAGAUGUCGGCCGAGCUCAUCCGCCAGAAGGAGCUGGAGAACCUGCACCGGCAGAGGCUGCUGGCCGGAGACCCCCUGAGCCUGCACCCGGCGCUGCCCCCGGACCACCCCGCGCUGCGCAGCGUGCACGACGUCCCCGAGGGCCACGCGCUGCGCGACGAGCUGUCGCGGCGCAACGCCAUGCUGGUGCUGCGGCACAACAACGCCCCGCUGCUGUCCCUCACCCCCGGCGGCCCCGGCGCCGCCACCCCGCCCAAGGAGCAGCCCCGGCGGGCCGGCGGCGGCCGCAAGUCCUCGCAGCCCCGCGCGGAGCCGCAGGGCCCCGGCGAGGCGCGGGAGCCGGCGGAGCCGCGCGCGCGGGACGGGGCCCAGGACUGUAACGACGAGGAGAUGAAGGACUCGGAGAGCGACGCCGAGGCCGGCGAGGACAAGGCCGAGGGGCUGAAGGCCGAGGGCGGCUCGGGAGCGGAGCUCAAGGAGUGCAAGGACGGCGCGGGCAAGGCGUGCGAGGCGGCCAAGGAGCUGAGCGAGGCGGCCGCGGCGCCCAGCGUGCCCUGCAGCUCCUCGAGCGCGGAGUCCCCCAGCCACCUGCUCGGGCCCGGCAUCGGCAAGGCCGAGGUGAAAUACCUCCCUCCAGCCUCCCUGCCCGCGCCCCAGCCGCUGCCCUUCGGCUUCCCCUACACCAUGAGCCCCUACUUCCAUGCAGGCACCAUGGGAGGUCUGUUUCUGGAUGGGGAGGAGAGCCCAGCGCUGGAAGACAUCAGCAAAUGGACAGUGGAGGACGUCUGCAGCUUCGUGUCCAACUUGUCUGGCUGCACUGAGUACACUCAGGUAUUCCGAGAGCAGGCCAUCGACGGGGAGACCCUGCCCCUCCUGACAGAAGAGCACUUACUGAACAACAUGGGGCUCAAGCUGGGACCUGCCCUCAAGAUCAGGUCACAGGUGGCCAAGAGGCUGGGCCGGGUGCUGUACAUGGCCGGCUUCCCGGUGGCGCUGCCGCUGCAGCCGCCGGGGCUGCGGCCCCCGGAGCGGGAGGUGGCCCCGGGCGAGCUCCGCCCGGCCUCCACGGGCAGCGUGGCCUCGCCCUUCGGCAGCGCCGUCCCGGCCAGCCGGGGCUCCCCGAAGCAGGAGAACGGGAACCCUGCCCUGCUCAGCGACAGCGCCAAAGCCCCGUGCUGACCCGGGAGCAGGGACCCGGCACAGCGCAGCCUCCCCCAGCGGCACGGGAGGAAGGGAGGGCUUUUCUCUCCUUUUUCUUUUUUUUUUU